ACCGAACAACUCAAUCACAAAAAAGAAAACCACCAAGGAUGCCUCAUCAUCCUGACGAGAAAUCGUGACAGGCUCCAUAUUGAAACGACACAAAACGUCAACCAGACGCGAAUCGUAUCGGUUGUUCGAUCCCUUCURCCGUAAAUUACUCCCCUUCCGGAAGCCUCCGAAGCACAAAUACUUCACAAGCAAUAGAACCACCUGACAAUGAAGCUCUUCCUGACCAUUGCCGCUACCGCCCUCCUGUGCCUGCACUCCGUUGCCGCCUUUUCGCCGGCAUCGAGAAACGCUGCCGUUCCGGCCGCGGGCUACUCCACCGCUCUGUCCAUGGGAAAGGAGGACGAGGAUUUGCUCAGAAASGCGCGCUCCUCUCGGCAGGCCGGAAACGACGACACCGUUGUUGAGCUCAUGAGACCGCUCGGAUUGGUUUUGAACCAGGACGAGAAMGGAAAUGUAUACGUCGAGACCGUAGCUCCCAGGGGAAAUGCCGCCCGAAGCGGAAAGGUGCGUCGAGUACUAUUUAGGAACAACAGGGMAUCAAACCCAAUAGAACUCGAGCGAUACAGAUCGYCAGCAGUCCCAAUGUUCCGUACCAAGCCUCACCUAUUUUGCUCUCUCUCGUUUUCGAAUUUACAGAUCAAGGAAGGAGAUAUCGUCACCAUGUGUUCCGCAACAUUCGGAGACGACAUGUGGUCCACCCGGGGAGUCGGACUUACCCGCGUUCUCGCUGCCAUUCGUGUCCGAGCCGGUACCUACGUCAAGCUAGCGGUCGAGACACCCGCCCAGUACAAGACAAAGGCGGCCACGAGCACGAAACAGAGAMAGGCCGCCGCGGACGCAAGGGCAGCCGCCCAGGCGAAGAAGGAYCAACUGCUCGAACAAUUAGAGAGAGACGAGAAGAAACUGACRAAGGGAAAAUUCUUUGGCCUCUUUUAGGUCCUGCCCACACCGGAACGAAUCUCAGAGAAUGUUACGAAKACACUCACGGCAUGGAUUCUUUCGAAAUCAUUCUCAAAUUAUAACAUGCUAUAGAAMCAUCCCAAUUUUGCAUCCAUGGUGUCGUGAGUUUAGACAAGCCAAACUAAGGAUGCAAUUUAUUAACCUCUACAUGAUAGGAAAAGGCAACAGCUGUGUUCCUUCAAUCGUGGCGCUAAUUCGAAAUCGUUGUCUGUAAACAUCUUAGCC